CCUCUGUUUAUAUUCCCUCUUUCCUUCGAAAGAUUCAAUCCUCUUCUCUUCUCUCUCUCUCUCUCUCUCUCUCUCUCUCUCUCUCUCCCUCUCUCAUGGAGAAACAAGCAGCAGAUCAAUAUUCUUCUCUCCUAAAUCAGAUCUUUUCACACCCUCUCUUCUCCAUUCUCACCACCUUCCUCCUCUUAAAUUUCCUCUAUCUUCCCAACCUGUUCUCUCUCCUCUUCUCCCCUGUUCUCAUCAUCACCUCACUCCUCCUCACAAUUCUCCUCCAUUUUGGAUCCCCGAAACCCGAACCAUCUCCAAACAAAACAAAUCCAAUCCAAACACAACACGAAACCCGACACGAGCCACCUCAUGAUGUGGAACUUCAGGAUGAAAAGACCAGCAUCCUCUGCAACUCCUUCGCCGAAUGGGGUCGAAGAAGUGGUCCCCUCGAAGUCAUAUACGAAGAAUAUGAGGGAGAAGCGUACGAUGUGGUCGGCUCGCCGGAAUAUUCCAAGUCACCGGAAUAUUAUAGAGUUAUGAUGAGUGCUAGAAAGAGAUUGGAUUGUUUUGGUUAUGGCAGUAGCACAGAUUCUGAUGCAGAUAGUGAUGAGUCUUUGGAGAAUAAUAUCAGCUUUAGAUGGGAUGACGAGGAGGAGGAAGGGAUGAUUGAGAUUGCAUUGGAGGAGGAUAACCUCAUUGAGAUUGAUCUCUCAGCUUGCAAAUGAGAUAAUUUUUUUUAAUUCUCUCUCUUUUCUGUAUUGCUUAAAUUUUGAGUAUUGGAAAGUUUGCAAGUUUUUUCUUUUGUUUGAGUUGGUAGCUGGUGUGUUCUUACUGCAUGCGUAUCGAUGUCCAUGGACAUAGAUUAGAAGAGGAUUUUGUAAUACCAAGAAUUUUGAUUAGUUUUGAAAUUACAAGGUGUGGUGUACUGGAUA